AUGAAACCAUCACCCAGAGUCAACUACAAUGCGUCCUCCUCAAAGCUAGCAAGACUAGCCCUAGUCCUCUCCCUCCUACCAAAACUAUCCUCUUCAAUCCCCUUAUCUAUCCUCCAAAGAGACAACCACAAUCAUCAAUCAUCAACCACUUCCCAUUCUGAAGUAAUCACCCCUGAAGAAUUCUGGACAAAUAUGAUCAUUUCAAUGUUCCUAGUCCUUGCUGGUGGUGUCUUUGCUGGGUUAACUCUAGGUUUAAUGGGUCAAGAUGAAGUUUAUUUAAAAGUUAUUUCAACUUCUGGUGAUGCAAUUGAACAAAAAAAUGCUAAAAAAGUUUUAAAAUUAAUUGAUAGAGGUAAACAUUGGGUCUUGGUUACUUUAUUAUUAUCAAACGUUAUCACUAAUGAAACUUUACCAAUUGUUUUGGAUCGUUGUCUUGGUGGUGGAUGGCCUGCUGUUGUUGGUUCCACUGUUUCAAUUGUUAUCUUUGGUGAAGUUAUUCCUCAAUCUUUAUGUGUUCGUUAUGGGUUACAAAUUGGUGCAUUCUUUACCCCGUUUGUUUUAGGGUUAAUGUAUUUAAUGUAUCCAGUUGCUUAUCCUAUUGCUUGUCUUUUAGAUAGAAUCUUAGGUGAAGAUCAUGGUACAAUGUAUAAAAAAUCUGGUUUGAAAACUUUGGUCACUUUACAUAGAACAAUGGGUGUUGAAAGGUUAAAUAAUGAUGAAGUUACCAUUAUAAGUGCAGUUUUAGAUUUAAAAGAGAAAAAAGUGUUUGAAAUCAUGACUCCAUUGAAAAAUGUUUAUACAAUGUCAUCUGAUCGAAUUCUUGAUGAAAAAUGUGUUGAAGAAAUUUUCAAUUCAGGUUUUUCAAGAAUUCCAAUUCAUAUUCCAAAUGAACCAACAAAUUUUAUUGGAAUGUUAUUGGUUCGUGUUUUGAUAUCUUAUGAUCCUGAAGAUUCUUUACCUGUUUCAAGUUUCCCCCUUGCAACUUUACCUGAAACUCCCCCUGAUACUUCAUGUUUAAAUAUAUUAAACUAUUUCCAAGAGGGGAAAUCUCAUAUGGUUGUUGUUAGUGAACGUCCUGGUGAUUCAAACGGUGCUCUUGGUGUUUUAACUUUAGAAGAUGUUAUUGAAGAAUUAAUUGGUGAGGAAAUUGUUGAUGAAUCGGAUGUUUUCAUUGAUAUUCAUAAAAAUAUUAAAAGAACUCAACCUGGUCCUUUAUCGAAAAGACAUUUGACUCAAUAUUUACAUUCUUUAUAUACUUCAUCUGCAAGAAAUUCAUUAGAAAAUCGUCAUCAUUCAAAUAAUGAUUUACCAAAUUUCAUUAUAAAAGAACAAACUCCAGAUACUUUAACCGCUAUAAAACCAAGCAAUUUAGCUUCAAAUCCAUUAGAAACUUCAAAAUCAUUUGUUACUAUCAAGAGACAACCUCAACCUCAAAGACCUUCAACUCCAUUACUUGUUCGUUCUAAAACUCCAUUAUCAAGAUCAACAUCUCCAAAUUAUGGAAGUGGUGCUACAACAAAUUUGAAAAAAGCAAUUAAUGGUGUUAAAAAUAAAAAAUUCAAACUUCCCGAUCCUUCAACUCCUAGAGAUUCAGAAGCAGAUUUAUCAGAUUUAUUACAUGAUAAAUUAACAGAAACUAAUAAUUCAAAGGGGAAACAUGCACAAUCAUUAAGAAAAAAUUCAAUAGAUCAUAAUGCUUCAAUAGAUCAUCAAUAUGAACAUAGUUAUAGAACAGGCGGGAUCAUUGAAAGUGUUGUUAAUGUUCAAGGUGUUUCUAAAACAAUUAUUGAAAGUGCUCAUGAUUCAGAUGAUGAAGAACAUCAAUCAAUAAAAGGUUAUUUAGUUGAUCAUGAAUCUGAAAGUUCUAAAUUACUGGAUGGAUUCCAUGAAAGAGAAAAAGAUAAACAGAGGAAUAGAGAUAAUUAA